AUGGAUCGUAUUCAACAAGAAAUAGAAACUAUAAAUGCAGAGUUUCCAGAACUGAAAAAUUAUUAUCAAUUACUUGACAGAGCAGGAAGAGGUACCUUUAGUAAAGUAUACAAGGCACGGGAUCUUUUAUAUGAAAAUUAUAUGCCAUGGUCUCUUCAAAAAAAAGUCGAAAAUGCAAUUGACAGUGAUCAUCACCUUGUUGCUAUCAAAUUGAUAUAUGGCAUCAGUUCUCCUAAACGAGUUGCUAAUGAAAUAUCCUGUCUUUCCGAGUUGAGAGGAUCUCCGUGUGUUAUUCCUAUGAUUACUGCUCUCAGAAAUCAAGAUGUGACAUACCUUGUUCUUCCGUUUAUCGAAUUCGAUCACUUUGAGGACAUAUACCCCACAAUGACGCUACUAGAUCUAAAACAUUAUAUAUCAGAGCUGCUUAUUGGGCUAAAGUAUGUACAUGAAAAAGGGAUUAUCCACCGCGAUGUAAAGCCUGGUAACUUUCUUUAUAACAAAACAACUAAAACUGGAUACCUUGGAGACUUUGGUCUUGCUCAGAGAGUGAUAAACUAUGACAUUCAUAAGCCUGGGCACCGACAUGCUACUGUAGACCCUAUAUAUACCGAACAUCAAAACGGUCCUGCUGGUUACUUUUUACAUGAUAAAAGAAAACAUAUACACGUUGACCGUUCAGGCACACGUUCGUUUAGAGCACCUGAGAUCUAUUUACACUCUAUGCGUCAAACAACAGCCAUGGACAUUUGGGCAGUAGGUGUCAUUCUGUUGAGUUUCUUGACUAACGUAUACCCUUUUUUCGAUCCUGAGGACAGCGCUGCGGGAAUUGUUGAGUUGAUCUCAGUGUUUGGUACAAAGAAAGUGCAUGAGUUUGCAAAAUUCUACGGUGGGUUUUUAAUGAUGUGGAUUCUUUACCAGAUUUUGAUGUUUCUACUCCUAGGACGAAAUUUGAAAACAAAUAUACCUGAUAUGCCUGAAGGUGCCAUAGGCAUGGAUGAAUUAUGUAGAUAUUUUAAUAACGGUACCAUUGAAACAUGGGACAAGCAUGAUUACCUUCUUGCAGUGGACCUCAUGAAAAAUUGCUUGCAGUUAAUUGAUUCAAACCGAUUAUCUGCUGCUGAAGCAUUGAAACAUCCCUUCUUGAAGGAGGUCAUGGAAACAAAAUCUUAUAGCUGA